AUGUCUUUGACGUACGUUUCUCAACAAAUCAGUCUUUACAGCGGAAUAGUCUAUCUCAUUUUCGGAGUAACUGGAAAUACAAUCAACAUUUACGUCUUCUCAAGCGUUUCAGCGUAUCGUCGAACACCUACGACAUUUUAUUUUCUUUCGGAAUCGAUCUUCAAAAAUAUAUAUCUACUCACUAAUUUAGUGCCUCGUAUCAUCACUUUUAGUUAUGGAUACGAUUUUACUAAUGUUUCAUCAUUGUGGUGUAAAUUUCGACAAGCAAUUCUCAUGAUGUCCGGUGCAACAACGCUUAGUUUAACCACGUUAAGUAUCAUUGAUCAAUAUUUAGUCACAUCAUCAAAUCCAUCGGUUCGUCGAAUGAGUCGAAUCCAAGUUUCUCAUCGAAUUCUUCUGAUUAUUGUAAUCAUCUGCAGUCUUCAUGCAGUUUCUUUUUUCGUAUAUUUUGACAUAUCAUCAAUAACAAAAACGUGCAUUAGUUUGAAUUCAACUCUAUCCAAUUAUAUGCCAAUAUACUUUAUUGUUAUUGCUUGUAUCAUUCCGAUAUCAAUUAUGAGUCUAUUUGGAUAUCUCACUUAUCGAAAUAUACGUCAAACAAUUGCACUCGUAGAACAACAUGCAGAUCGACAAUUGAUCAAAAUGACGUUUUUACAAGUCAUGUUGGCAUUCAUCGAUACUGCUCCAUUAGGUUCUCUAUAUAUAUACAAUAUGAUAACAUCUGGAAUGAUUAAAGACCAAGAUCGACUAAUGAAAGAAUAUUUUGCUUAUGUUAUCAUCAGUACGGAGAUAACACUUUAUUUUGCAUCGAGUUUCUAUGUUUUCUUAUUCUCAUCGAGUCGUUUCCGUCGAAACGUCAAAGAACGAUUAUUUGGAAAACGACAGACAAAUGUAAUCCUUCCAAAUACUCAAACCAAAUGA